GGCUGCCCCUCAGCCAUGGAGGGCCCCGAGGUCACUGAUGGGGACAAUGUACUGAACUUGACCCACCUGGGUCUGGAGAACCUCAACUUGGAGCUGGUGAGUGAGAACAAAAGGAAGGAUGUCCAGCAGCUGCUUCUGCCCCACAACCGCCUGGUGGUCCUACCCCCCCAUGUCAACUCCUUCACCCACCUGCACCUCUUGGACAUCAGCAACAACAACAUGGCCUACAUCGGGGAGGAGAUCCUGGGGCUGACCAAGCUGAAGACCCUUCUGGCCAAGAACAACCGCCUGGACGAGUUCUCCUUCCCCAAAGAGCUGGGGGGCCUGAGGCUGGAGGUGCUCAACCUGAGUGGGAACCGCUUUGAGGAGAUCCCUGACCAGUUCCUGCAGAUCCAGACCCUGAAGAGCCUCUCGCUGGGUGGGAACCGGCUGAAGAGCAUCCCGGCCGAGAUAGAGAACCUGAUCAGCCUGGAAUUCCUGUACCUGGGAGGAAACUUCAUCAGCUCCAUCCCCCCCGAACUGGCCAACCUGCCCUACCUGAGCUACUUGGUGCUGUGUGACAACCGGAUCCAGAGCGUCCCCCCCCAACUGGCCCAGGUUCACUCCCUGCGCUCCCUCAGUUUGCACAACAACCUCCUGACUUACCUGCCCCGAGAGAUUCUCAGCCUGGUGCAACUGCAGGAACUGAGUCUGCGCGGGAACCCCCUGGUGGUGCGCUUUGUGCGAGACCUGACCUACACCCCCCCCACCCUGCUGGAACUGGCCGGCCGCACCGUCAAGAGCCGCGGGAUCCCCUACUGCCCCCAGGAGCUGCCCGAAAACCUGCUCAUGUACCUGGACCUGGCCAGCAAGUGCCCCAAUCCCAAGUGUGGGGGUGUAUAUUUCGAUUGCUGUGUGCGCCAGAUCAAGUUUGUGGAUUUCUGCGGGAAGUACCGCCUCCCACUCAUGCACUACCUGUGCUCCCCGGAAUGCUCCUCCCCCUGUGGCUCCACCUCCCAGAGUGAGUCGGACUCCGAGGAUGAGGCCAACGCCGCCGCCCGCAGGAUGCAGAAGGUGCUUCUGGGAUAAGCGACUGCGGCCGGAGACGGGACGGUUCUGUUACUUUCUCUCUGGGCUCAGGGGACACACAUGGGAUCUGCCUUCCCAUUGGCUCGUUCCCUGGCUGUGGGACCCAAUGAGAUUCCUUCAUUGACGUGUUUUGGCCAAUCAGAGCCAUUGUGCUGCCCUCUGUGAAGGGUUUGGGCAAAUCGCUGAACUGUUCCCAUUGGCUCUCAGUGUGGCUCCUCCUACUGUGGCUCUGAUUUUAAAGUCACAUGAUCCCCCCCCCCCCCAGUCUCUGUUGAACUUUGGGGGUCUCUCCCCUGUGUGCCUUAUUACUGUACAUAGUGUAUAUAGACCACGAGGGGUCUCGGUGCUGCCCCCCAAUGUGCUGGGAGUUGCACCCCAACAUUUACUGACGCACAGACAUUAUGGGGCCACUGAGCCAGACGGGGCCCCCCAGCAGGGGGCAUUUUAUUGGGGGGCACUUUGUGACAUUUGUCUUUAAUAAGCUACAGCCGAAUGCCCAGCACCGCGCCCAGCCGGGCACUGACGCCUCCGCUUGGCAUUGGCACCCACUGUUUUAUUCAUUAUUCUGAUAACGGGCAUUAAUGAUGGCGCUGAUCCAGCCCUUCGGGCGCAAGGUCCGUAAUGACCCCCCGUAUCGGACUAUCGGUGCCCCUCGUGCCAGUGUCCCGGUGCCUCCGAUUCUUUGUUCUUUAAUAAAAUAAAUAAAUCCGAUUGCAAA